AUGAGUGACCCAGCGGCUGCACGUAUUUUGUCGUUCAAGAAUGCAGGGAAAAGCGCAGAUGAAAUGCGACGCCGUCGCCAAGAAGGCCAAGUGGAGCUUCGGAAGACCAAACGCGAAGAGACGCUGCAGAAGAAAAGAAAUAUCCCAGGUUUAGUUAGUGAACCACCAGCAGCUGGUGAUCCAGUUGAAGCGGAAGUUGAAACGACAGGGAAGUCCACUUUGUUGAACCUAGAAGCCAUCGUGGCAAAUGCUUCAAAUGAGGAUCCUGCUGUCAGGCUUCUUGUCGUACAGUCUGCUCGGAAGCUUCUUUCUAGCGAUCGAAACCCACCAAUCGAUGAGCUUAUUAACGCCGGUAUGCUGUCGAAAUUGGUAUCAUGUCUAACAGUGAAGACUGCAUGGGCUCUGACAAAUAUCGCAUCUGGUACAUCUUCCCAGACUCUGGCUGUCGUUCAUGCAGGAGCCGUCCCACUGUUUCUCAAGUUGCUGUCUUCUUCGCAUCCUAAUGUCUGCGAACAAGCUGUUUGGGCACUGGGCAACAUUAUCGGAGAUGGUCCUGGUUUGCGUGAUUAUGUUAUCCAAUUGGACGUAAUAAAACCUUUACUAAAGCUGUUAACGCCAAACAUACCGUUAAACUUCCUUCGCAAUGUCACUUGGGUCAUGGUCAACUUGUGUCGCAAUAAGGAUCCACCUCCACCUGCUUCAGCUAUAAGGGAGUUGCUCCCAGCCUUAUUAUACCUAAUAAAACACACUGAUGACAGUAUUUUAGUCGAUACUGUUUGGGCUAUAUCUUAUUUGACUGAUGGAGGAAGUGAUCAGAUAGAAAUGGUUAUAAAUGCGGAGAUCGUACCCCAUCUAGUCCCAUUACUGUCACACUCGAGCUUCAAGGUGCAAACUGCAGCGCUGCGUGCUGUCGGCAAUAUAGUUACAGGUUCAGAUCAGCAAACACAAGUUGUUCUGGAUUGUGGAGCUCUGAGUCACUUUCCAGCCUUGUUGACUCAUCCCAGAGACAAAAUAAAUAAGGAAGCUGUUUGGUUUUUGUCCAAUAUAACUGCAGGAAAUCAAAGUCAAGUACAAGCUGUGAUCGACCACGGUCUAGUUCCGUUGAUUAUUCAUCACCUAGCUGAAAGUGAAUUUUUAACACAGAAAGAAGCUGCAUGGGCUAUUUCCAAUCUGACAAUCAAUGGAGAUGCAGAACAGGUGAGGUACGUCAUUGAUCAACGUGUUAUUCCUCCAUUGUGUAAAAUGUUGAGUACACGAGAUGUACAGGUGGUUCAAGUCGUCUUGGAUGGGAUCUCAAACAUACUGGCAGCAGCUGGUGAUAAUUUAGAACAAGUGACAACUGCUAUCGAAGAGUGUGGUGGUUUGGAUCUUAUUGAAGCCCUUCAAGAACACCAAAACACAGAUAUUUAUCGUUUGGCUUACGACAUCAUCGAACGCUAUUUUAAUGAAGGGAUGAUUGAAGAUCCCAGUACAGCAUCGGUGGUUGCUGAAGAUGAACACCUGGGUGGUUUUACUAUGGUACCUCAAGUUCCAACUACUUUCCAGUUUGAUACUGAUCAGUGUAACUCUGAUGCAACCGGAGGAUUUGAUUUUUAG